AUGGCGGCGGCCGCGCGGGCUCCAGGCUGCGCAUCCAGGCUAGUCCUGCUGCUCCUGCUGCUGCUGCCGCCGCCCGCUGUGAGCCCCGCUCGGGAGCCCCGUGCCGCGGCCCGGCUCAGCCUGCACCCGCCCUACUUCAACCUGGCCGAGGCGGCGAGGAUUUGGGCCACCGCCACCUGCGGAGAGCGGGAACCGGGCGGCGCGCGGCCCCGGCCCGAGCUCUACUGCAAGUUGGUGGGGGGCCCCACCGCCCCGGGCAGCGGCCACACCAUUCAGGGCCAGUUCUGUGACUAUUGCAAUUCUGAGGACCCCAGGAAAGCACAUCCAGUCACCAACGCAGUUGAUGGAUCCGAGCGAUGGUGGCAAAGUCCUCCUCUCUCCUCGGGCACACAGUACAACAAAGUCAAUGUCACCUUGGAUCUAGGGCAGGUGAGGAAUUCCCAACUCAGUCCAUCCUCCAUGACAUGCUCCUUCAGCUUAUGCAUAUACUUUAUUGGCAAUGAGGUGAAAUUGUCUGACAAAAGUCCAUUUGGAUACCAGCUGUUCUAUGCUCUCAGGAAAAUCUGUGUCCUUUUGCUGUUUCGGUGUGAAUGCCAGCACCACACCUGUGGGAGGACGUGUGAUCACUGUUGUGCCGGGUACAACCAGAGGCGCUGGCGACCCGCCACGUGGGAGCAGAGCAAUGAGUGUGAAGCAUGCAACUGCCAUGGUCACGCCCUCGACUGUUACUAUGAUCCAGAUGUUGAGAGGCAGCAGGCCAGCUUGAAUAUCCACGGCAUCUAUGCAGGUGGAGGAGUCUGCAUUAAUUGUCAGCAUAACACAGCUGGUAUAAACUGUGAAAACUGUGCUAACGGUUUCUACCGCCCUUAUGGUGUUCCAGUUGAUGCCCCUCACGGCUGCAUCCCUUGUCGCUGUAACCCCGAGCACGCGGAAGCCUGCGAGCCGGGCUCAGGCCGCUGCACCUGCAAGCCGAAUUUCCGCGGAGACGACUGUGAGAAGUGUGCAGUUGGAUACCAUCACUUCCCCUUUUGCGUGCGAAUUCCCAUUUUCCCUAUUUCUACUCCGAGUCCAGAAGAUCCAGUAGCUGGAGAUAUAAAAGGGUGUGACUGUGACUUGGAAGGCGUUCUCCCCCAAAUAUGUGAUGCCUACGGAAGGUGCCUUUGCCGCCCUGGGGUCGAGGGCCCGCGGUGUGAUGCCUGCCGCUUGGGUUUCUACUCAUUCCCUAUUUGCCAAGCCUGCCAGUGUUCAGUCCUUGGCUCCUACCAGAUGCCCUGCAACCCGGUGACGGGACAAUGUGAAUGCUUUCCAGGGAUUACAGGACAGCGGUGUGACAGGUGUCUCUCAGGAGCCUAUGAUUUCCCUCACUGCCAAGGUUCCAGCAGUGCCUGUGACCCAGCUGGUACCCUGGACUCCAGUUCGGGAUAUUGCCAAUGCAAAGCUCAUGUUGAAAGUCCUUCUUGUAGCAUCUGCAAACCAUUAUAUUGGAAUCUGGCCAAAGAAAACCCCCAUGGAUGUUCAGAAUGCCAGUGCCACGUGGCAGGAACAGUGAGUGGAAUCGGAGAGUGUGGGCAGCGAGAUGGUGACUGUCACUGCAAGUCCCACGUCAGUGGCGAUUCCUGUGAUACGUGUGAAGAUGGAUAUUUUGCUUUGGAAAAGAGCAAUUACUUUGGGUGUCAAGGGUGUCAGUGUGACAUCGGUGGAGCUGUCACCCCCCUGUGCGGCGGGCCCUCGGGAACAUGCCAUUGCCGAGAGCAUGUCGUGGGGAAGGCGUGCCAACGACCUGAAAACAACUACUAUUUCCCGGAUUUGCAUCAUAUGAAGUAUGAGAUUGAAGAUGGCACCACACCUAAUGGAAGAGAACUUCGGUUUGGAUUUGAUCCACUGGAGUUCCCUGAGUUUAGCUGGAGAGGAUACGCUCAGAUGACCUCGGUACAGAAUGAAGUGAGGAUCAUGUUGAAUGUGGGGAAGUCAAGUCUCUCUUUGUUUCGUGUUAUUCUGAAAUACAUUAACCCUGGAACUGAAGCCAUAUCUGGUCGCGUGUCUAUUUAUCCAUCCUGGGCUGAGGCAGGUGCUGCUCAAAGCAAAGAAGUCAUCUUCCCGCCAAGUAAGGAGGCAGCCUUUGUCGCUGUCCCCAGAUAUGGUUUGGCAGACCCAUUUUCGAUUGCACCAGGGACAUGGAUUGCUUGUAUCAAAUCAGAGGGAGUCCUUCUGGACUACCUGGUGCUGCUUCCCAGAGACUACUAUGAGGCCCCCUCCCUGCAGCUGCCAGUCACCCAGCCAUGUGCCGACUCAGGACCUCCCGAAGAGAAUUGCUUGCUUUACCAGCAUUUGCCAGUGACCCGAUUCCCCUGUGCCCUGGCUUGUGAGGCCAGACACUUCCUGCUUGACGGGGAGCCAAGACCCUUGGCAGUGAGGCAGCCCACCCCCGCACACCCAGUCCUGGCGGACCUCAGUGGGAGAGAGGUGGACCUGCACCUGCGGCUGCAGGUCCCGCAGGUCGGUAACUACGUGGUCGUGGUCGAGUAUGCCACGGAGGUAGACCAGCUCUCUGUGGUUGAUGUGCACAUGGAGAGCUCUGGGUCUGUUCUGGUCGGCCAGGUGAACAUCUACAGCUGCAAGUACAGUGUCCUCUGCCGGAGUGUCGUGACUGAUGGCAGGAGUCGCCUCGCUGUGUUUGAGCUGUUAGCAGAUGCAGGCAUUUGGCUCAAAGCGCACAGGGCCCAGUUCCUUCUGCAUCAAGUUUGUAUCGUACCCAGUGAAGAAUUCUCAGCUGAAUAUUUGAGACCUCAAGUCAAAUGCAUUGCCAGUUACAGUGGUUAUGUUAAUCAAAGUGCCUCUUGUGUCUCCCUGGUCCCUGAAACUCCUCCAACAGCAUUAAUUUUGGAGGUUCCGAGUGGUGAGUCUUCCCCUUUCCUGCCCCAGGAUCCUUCGCCUUCUGCAGAUGUUGUUACUGGAGUCACCUUGAAGGCGCCACAGAACCAAGUGACCCUGCGAGGACUUGUACCACGCCUAGGCCGGUAUGUCAUUGUCAUCCAUUUUUAUCAAGCAGCACACCCAACAUUUCCCACACAGGUCUUUGUGGAUGGAGGGCGGCUGUGGCCAGGUGUCUUCCGUGCCUCUUUUUGCCCCCAUGCGCUUGGCUGCCGGGACCAAGUCAUUGCUGAAGAUCAAGUUGAGUUUGACAUCUCAGAGCCAGAGGUGGCUGUGACUGUGAAGGUUCCAGAAGGAAAGUCCUUAGUAUUGGUCCGUGUUCUAGUGGUGCCUGCGGAGGAUUACGACUACCAAACACUUCACAAAAAAUCAGUGGACAAGUCAUUUGAGUUUAUCACCAAUUGUGGAGGAAACAGUUUUUAUAUUGACCCCCAGACGGCCUCUGGAUUCUGCAAGAGCUCUGCCAGGUCCCUGGUGGCCCUUUACCACAAGGGCGCACUGCCUUGUGAGUGCCACUCUACUGGGGCCGUUGGCCGUCACUGCAACCCAGAGGGGGGGCAGUGCCCCUGCCGGCCCAGUGUCAUUGGGCGGCAGUGCACUCGCUGUCGAAUGGGCUACUACGGAUUCCCACACUGCAAGCCAUGCAACUGUGGCCCACGCCUUUGUGAAGAGAUGACGGGGAAGUGCCUCUGCCCUCCCCACACGGUCAGGCCCCAGUGUGAGGUGUGUGACACGCAUUUCUUCAGCUUCCACCCCCUGGCUGGCUGCGAAGGCUGCAACUGUUCCAGGAGGGGCACCGUUGGGGCCGCCACCCCGGAGUGCGACAGGGACCACGGGCAGUGCAGGUGCAAGCCCAGAGUCACAGGGCGACAGUGUGACCGGUGUGCUUCCGGGUUUCAUCGCUUCCCCAACUGCCUUCCCUGCCAUUGCAACAGGGAUGGGACCGAGCCAGGAAUCUGUGACCCAGUGACUGGAGCUUGCCUCUGCAAGGAGAAUGUGGAGGGUACAGAAUGUAAUGUGUGUCGAGAAGGAUCGUUCUACUUGGACCCAGCAAAUCCCAAGGGUUGUACCAGCUGCUUUUGUUUUGGGAUAAAUAAUCAUUGUCACAGUACACAUAAAAGAAGAGCUAAGUUUGUGGACAUGAUGGGUUGGCGCCUGGAGACGGCAGACAGAGCCGACAUCCUCGUCUCCUUCAACCCGGGCAGCAGCAGCAUGGUUGCAGACCUCCAGGAGCUGCCCUCCACAGUCCACAGUGCAUCCUGGGUCGCACCUCUCUCCUACCUGGGAGACAAGGUUUCUUCAUAUGGUGGCUACCUCACCUACCAAAUCAAGUCCUUUGGCCUGCCUGGUGACAUGGUUCUUCUGGAAAAGAUGCCAGAUGUGCAGCUCACUGGUCAGCACAUGUCCGUCAUCUAUGAGGAACCAAGUAACCCGCGACCAGACCGGCUGUUUCAUGUGCGUGUGCAGGUGGUGGAGCCAGAGCUAAGACAAGGGCUCAGCAACAAAGUUGAGCAGGCAAAAGAAAGGAGCAGCAAAUUUGAAGGUCAACUGAGAUUAUCCCGUCUGAGGAACAGAAAGUACAAAGAAUACUUGUUUUAUUCCUUCCUUGUUAUUCCUGGAAAAAAUGCUGUUGUAAUCAUCUCUUCCAAAGCUUUUUUCUGUCUUCCUUCAAGUUUUGCCACUGGCUGUGUUGUGAAUGGGGGAAACAUGAGGUGCUUCUGCAAACCCGGAUACACAGGCACACAGUGCGAAAGUUGCUUUCAGACAGUGAUAAAGGAAGAUCUUCCAAGAAAAGCGAAAACUCUGAGUUUUGACAGUGAUAAACUCUUAAAGCAAGCCAAGAUAACACAGAAGCAGCUCCGGCAAGAAAUCAGCCCGGCUCUCAACAACCUACAGCAGACUCUGAAAGUUCUGACAGUUCAGAAAGGGCUGAUUGACACCAAUCUCACUGCUAUCCGUGAUGACCUGCGUGGGAUACAGAGAGAUGACAUCAGUGGUGUGAUCAGUAGCGCAAAGAGCAUGGUGAGAAAUGCCAAUGACAUCACAAAUGAGGUGCUCGACGGGCUCGGCCCCAUUCAGACAGAUGUGACAAGAAUUAAGGAUACCUAUGGGAGCACACAGAGUGAAGACUUCAACAAGGCUCUCACCGACGCGGAUAACUCAGUAAAGAAAUUAACCAACAAACUGCCCGAUCUUUUGAGCAAGAUUGAAAGUAUCAACCAACAGCUGUUGCCACUGGGCAACAUCUCUGAUAAUGUGGACCGUAUCCGGGAGCUAAUUCAGCAGGCCAGAGAUGCUGCAAAUAAGGUUGCUGUCCCCAUGAGGUUCAAUGGUAAAUCUGGAGUUGAAGUCCGGCUGCCAAAUGACCUAGAAGAUUUGAAAGGAUACACAUCUCUUUCUUUGUUUCUCCAAAGACCUGAAUCAAGAGAAUAUGGGAGGACUGAGAAUAUGUUUGUGAUGUACCUUGGAAAUAAAGAUGCCUCCAGGGACUACAUCGGCAUGGCAGUUGUAGACGGCAAGCUCACGUGUGUUUACAACCUGGGAGACCAGGAGUCUGAACUCCAAGUGGACCAGAGCGUGACCAAGAGCGACACUCAGGAGGCAGUAAUGGACCGGGUGAAAUUUCAGAGAAUUUAUCAGUUUGCAAGUCUAAAUUACACCAAAAAAGCCACAUCCAGUAAACCCGGAACACCCCAAUUCCAUGAAAUGGGUGGUGGAAACAGCCACACGCUCCUCAAUCUGGAUCCUGAAAAUGUUGUAUUUUAUGUUGGAGGUUACCCACCUGACUUUAGACUUCCUGCUAGACUGAGGUUGCCUUCAUACAAAGGUUGUAUUGAAUUAGAUGACCUCAAUGAAAAUGUCCUGAGCUUGUACAACUUCAAAAAAACUUUCAAUCUCAACACAACUGAAGUAGAGCCUUGUAGAAGGAGAAAGGAAGAGUCAGACAAAAAUUAUUUUGAAGGUACAGGCUAUGCUCGAAUUCCAACUCAACCAAAUGCUCCCAUCCCAACCUUUGGACAGACAAUUCAGACCACUGUGGAUAGAGGACUGCUGUUCUUUGCAGAAAACAAGGAUCGCUUCAUAUCUCUAAAUAUAGAAGAUGGCAAGCUCCUGGUGCGAUACAAACUGAAUUCAGAGCCACCAAAAGAAAAAGAAGUUACACAGGUUGUCAACAAUGGAAAAGACCAUUCGAUACAGAUCAUAAUCAAAAAAACCCAAAAAUUGAGGAUAAGUGUGGAUUUUUAUAACAGCAUAAUUGAUGGUGACAUAUUUGAUUUCAGCACAUAUUAUCUGGGAGGAAUUCCAAUUUCAAUCAGGGAAAGGUAA